AUGGGUGGUGCUUCUAGUAUCACCAGCCAGCUUUAUUCAGUAUUAGAUAAAUACUCUAAAGAAGAUCACUCAAAUGAUAAGCACAUUUUAGAUCCAAUUCUCGCUGCUGCUCCAAACAGAGCUGAUUGUGGCAAUUUUAGUCCACAGCCGAUCAUAACAAUCGGAAAAAGUCAGCCAAACAACCUAGUUGCAAUUAUCAAAGCAGCAACUCUUUACGUUGAGAAUUUGGAUGACGAAUAUAAAACUGAAACUAUUACUCCUCAACAGCAUAAUCAACUUUCUAUGAUUUUGCAAAUGGUAAUUCUUAUAACUUCCGUUAUGCUUUCUUUUAAUGAAUUUCAUCCAUUAUUUGUUGAAAUCGCGAAUUUCGGAAACGCAAAGGCAAAAUUAGACAAGAAAAUCGAAGAUAGUGAAAAGAAUCCAGACGGAAAAACCAAGGCCGCACCGAAAACUACUGCUAAAAAAGAAGAAACGAAGAAAUCAAAUAAAAAUAAUACAAAAAAGCCUCAAACAAAGAAAAGAAAAGUAAAAGACUCCGAUGAUGAUGAGGAAGAAGAAGAGGAGGAAGAAGAUCAGGAAGAACAAGAGGAAGAGGAAGAAGAAGAUGAUGAUGAAACUGAAGAAGAAGAAGAAGAAGAGGAAGAGGAGGAAGAAGAAGAGGAAGAGGAGGAAGAAGAAGAGGAAGAAGAAGAUUCCGAUGAAGAGGAAGAUGAGGAAGAAGACGAAGAAGAAGACGAAGAAGAAGAGGACGAGGAAGAAGAAAAAACAAAGAAGAAAGGAAAGACACCACCAAAAAAGGGUUCAGAAAAGAAAAUUCCACCAAAAAAAUCUGAUACAAAAAAAGUAGAGAAAAAACCAACACCAAAAGCUGAAACCAAGAAAAACAGCCAGAAAGGAAAGGGAAAAGAAAAGGAAAUCGAAGAAAUUGAAGGUCCUCCUGAAAUGACAAAAUGGCUUCAACUUAGAACGAAUUUUUCGAUCCUUUCGAGAUUCAAUGGAGCCAUUAUGCACCUUUUGUUCCGAAAUAACUUUACAAAAACAGAUAAAAACGGUUAUUGGGAUUCUAUUCAGCCAGGUGAUGAAAACAAAGCACUGACAAGAUACGAUUUAGCUAGAGCUAUUAGUGGCAUUGUAAAUAUCAAGAAACUUUCGAAGCCACCGGCUCAAUUAAUCAAAUUUUACCUUUCUAUGCUAAUUUUCCCAUCAGUACCUUUCAUCCAUUCAUUUCUUAGACUCUGCAAAGAUUUCGUCAACGAAUUUAAUACAGGAGUUGUCACAGUUUACUCCAGUGAAAUGAUGAAAACAUUAUUUGGUCUUAUGUCAGAUUUAUGCAUCAAAGACCCAUUCUUUAUGCGUUACUUUGAAUCCCUCGAUCCACAGGAAUGCAUAAAAGCCUUUGUUGGCGAUCCAGUUCAGAAAAAGUUUUUAACUCAACCAACAUUCGGAUUUUCGACACCAGCGUUGACAUUUGUUUACAUGCUUUGCUCAAAGAACCAUAAUUUCGUCAAAGCAUUAGCAGAAAGUCCACAUUAUCCAAAAUUUAUUUUCGAUCUUGCCUCAAUUUCUCAAUUUACACUCGAAAAGAGCAGUUUCUCAUUCAUACAUUCGAUCAUACUUGAUUCUUUGAUCUUUUUGGUCAGUGUUCCUAACAUUUCUUCGCAUUUAAUGUCGAAAGUUACCGAAGUCUACGAAACCAACUACAAAUUACAAAACCAAAAUGUUGGUCUUUGUGUUAUGGAGCUUGCUCUUAAUUUGAAAGAGAAUGACGCCUUAAUUCCAUCAAUCGCGUGCUUAUUCCAAGCUAUGGCUCAAAAUAUUACUGAUUUCGGACCAAACAUUACAAGUACAAUCCUUGAUUUGAUCAAGAGCCUCUCAAGUACCGACAAAAAGUGCGAAGAAAACAAAUCUGUCAUUGGAAUCUUAACAGAAGGCAUUGUAAUGAAUAUUAUGGCUAGUUCAGCCAUGAGAGUAUAUUCUGUCCAAAACUCAGCCCUUUUCAAGCAACUUAUCAAGAAGAAAAAAGUUAAAUUCCAUAAAUCACUUUUUGCAAUCAACGCUUUCAAUGAUGGAGCUAAGAAAAUGUUGUUGAAGAAGGGAAGCAAACAAAUUAAUGGGGCAGAAGCCGAGAAAUAUCUUUCCCAGAUUGAUCCAAAGAAAUUAAUGGCCGGAUACAGAAAAACCUUCCCUCCGCAUAACCAGGAGUUCUCUGGAGAGAUGAAGAAGAUGUGGAUUAACUGGGUUUCCGUUCUUGUUGCGAAAUCUUACGAAAGUGAACUCAAAGAGAUUCUUCAAUGUUAA